AGAAGAAGAAGAAAACAGAGAACAGAGAACAAGAAGAAGAAGAAGACGAGACGCUUCAGUUUGUCUGGAAGUCACCGAGAGAAGAUUUAACGACGAAACCGAGCCCAGGCAACGCUCGAGUGGAGGCCACGUGUUUGGAGACAGACCGGGACCAGAACCAGGACCAGGAGAUGAACCAGAACCAGAACCAGAACCAGGACCAGGAGAUGAACCAGAACCAGGAGAUGGACCAGAACCAGAACCAGGAGAUGGACCAGAACCAGAACCAGGACCAGGACUCCUCAUCCAGCAGGACUAAAGCUGCUGGUCUGCAGAAACGUAAAGGCAAAGAGAAGCCCACAGGUUACCCCUGUGAUCAGUGUGAGAAAGUCCUCACCACUUCAUCAUCCUUGAAGAGCCAUAAGAGGAUUCACACUGGAGAGAAGCCGUACAAAUGUGAUCAGUGUGGGGCAGCUUUUACUAAAUCGGGUCAUUUAAGAGGUCACCAACGUAUUCACACUGGAAAGAAGCCGUACAAAUGUGAUCAAUGUGGGGCAGCUUUUACUGAAUCAGGUACUUUAAGAAGUCACCAACGUAUUCACACUGGAGAGAAGCCAUACAGAUGUGAUCAGUGUGGGGCAGCUUUUACCACAUCAGGUACUUUAAGAAAUCACCAACGUAUUCACACUGGAGAGAAGCCGUACAAAUGUGAUCAGUGUGGGGCAGCUUUUACUAAAUUGGGUACUUUAAGAAGUCACCAACGUGUUCACAGUGGAGAGAAGCCGUACAGAUGUGAUCAGUGUGGGGCAGCUUUUACUGAAUCGGGUCAUUUAAGAAGUCACCAACGCAUUCACAGUGGAGAGAAGCCUUACAGAUGUGAUCAGUGUGGGGCAGCUUUUACUGAAUCGGGUGCUUUAAGAAGUCACCAACGUGUUCACACUGGAGAGAAGCCGUACAGAUGUGAUCAGUGUGGGGUAGCUUUUACCACAUCAGGUCAUUUAAGACGUCACCAACGUGUUCACACUGGAGAGAAGCUGUACAGAUGUGAUCAGUGUGGGGCAGCUUUUAUUGAAUCGGGUUCUUUAACGAGGCACCAACGUGUUCACAGUGGAGAGAAGCCGUACAGAUGUGAUCAGUGUGGGGCAGCUUUUACCACAUCAGGUAAUUUAAGAAGUCACCAACGUAUUCACACUGGAGACAAGCCGUACAGAUGUGAUCAGUGUGGGGCAGCUUUUACUGCAUCGGGUAACUUAAGAAGUCACCAACGUGUUCACAGUGGAGAGAAGCUCUACAGAUGUGAUCAGUGUGGGGCAGCUUUUACUCAAUUGGGUAAUUUAAGAAGUCACCAACGUGUUCACAGUGGGGAGAAGCCGUACAGAUGUGAUCAGUGUGGGGCAGCUUUUACUGAAUCGGGUCAUUUAAGAAGUCACCAACUUGUUCACAGUGGGAAGAAGCCGUACAGGUGUGAUCAGUGCGGGGCAGCUUUUACUCAAUCAGGGGCUUUAACGAAUCACCAACGUGUUCACACUGGAGAGAAGCCGUACAGAUGUGAUCAGUGUGGGGCAGCUUUUACUCAAUCAGGUGCUUUAACGAAGCACCAACGUGUUCACAACGGAGAGAAGCCGUACGUGUGAUCAGUGUGGGGCAGCUUUUUAGUUUAAGAAGUCACAAUUGUAUUCAUAUUGGAUAAAAUGUGUGUAUGAGUUUGUGGCAGCUUUUUCUUGAAGUGUUCAUUAAAAUGGCACAGACAUGUUAGAAAAAAAACAGUGAUAGAAAUGUGUUUAAUCUGUUAUUCUGAGAGAAAGAAAUCUGAAGGUAUAAUUCUAAUAAGUUCAGUUUUAUGUUAGCUUUUUAAAAAUGGUUCUGCUUCUCUUGGCAAAUUAGUAACUUUUUUGUACUAUUUGUAUAUUAUAAAAUACAUUUUUUCACCAGUUUUGUCAUUGUUAAUGGAGAUAUAGAGAGAAAUAAAGUUAUUUGGUUCCAACGAAAUGAGGGCCUUUUUGCCCCCCUAAACGUGCCCCAAAAGUCACCAAAUUUUGAACGCAAGCCAGGCCUGGCGAAAAAUGUCAUGGUUUGCAUGAAUGGGUGUGGCCUAAUGGCUCAACAGCGCCCCCUAGAAAACUUCGUGCCUCAAGCCCCACAAUACUGUUUGACGUAUAUGCAUGAAAAUCGGUACACACCUGUAUCAUGUCGCAACUUAAAGAAAAGUCUCUUGGUGCCAAGGCCGAAACCGAACAGGAAGUCGGCCAUUGUUAAUUAAUUGUGUAGUUUUGGCGAAAUUUAUGCCAUUUCUUCAGCUGCUUUUUCGCCCGAAAUGUAACGUGCCCGCAGGUGUGUUAUACAUCAUAAUGUGCGUCUGUGCGACGAUGCGCAUUACUUUUCUUAGUCAAAAGCGUUAAGGUGGCGACGAUAGGUCCAUAUUUGAUAGUUCCUACUUUCUGCCAUAACUUUUGAAUGGUUUGACAUAAAGACUCGUGGGUGAUGUCAUUGAACUCAGUUUUUUUUUUUUUUUUAAGAUUAUUUUUAUUGGAAGUAGUUUCACGACAGAACGGUAAUACAGCAAUAUAACAGGAAAUACUUCCCUCCUUCCUUUUUUCCCCACUUUUCUUUAUCCCUCCCACAUUCCCAUCCCCACAACCGCACUCACAACAAACCCAUCGACAAGAAAACAGUAGUAUAAACAAGUAUAAAGAGGAAAACAAAAAAAACAGCAAACAAACAAACAAAAAACAACAAAUAAAAAAUUAAAAAUGAGGGGAGGGGGGGCUUAGUCAGCACAUCAACCUAGAGAUGUCAAAGACUCAAUAUGACCUAGCAGAGGUCUCCAGGUCCUCUCAAAUGAAUCUAAGGAACCUUUGAGGGCAAACCUAAGCUUCUCAAGACUCAUGACCAGUAGAAUUUCUUCCACCCACCUACUAUGAGAUGGAGGGUGAGAGUGUUUCCAUUUAAGGAGUAUAAGGCGUCUGGCUAACAGGGUGGUGAAGGCAAGGACAUUCUUUAAGACUCUAGAAGUCAAAGGCUGUAGGGGGGCCCCAAACAAAGCUAAGAGCGGAUCAGGAGAGAUGGUUGUGUUAUAUGCUGUGCUAAGAGUUUUAAAGAUUUCCGACCAGAAUGUGGCAAGCCUGGGACAGGACCAGAACAUAUGAGAAUGGUCAGCUGGGGAUUGUUUGCACCUGUUACAGGAGUCAGGUGCAUUUGGAUAAAUUCGAGAAAGCCUCAAAUUAGUGUAGCGAACUUUGUACACUACUUUACAUUGUAGUAGGCCGUGCCUCGCACAGAUUGAGGAGGAAUGAACCAACCGCAAUACCUGUUCCCAGUAAUCGGACUCAGUUUUGAGUCCUUGACCAUAAUUAGUGCAAAUUAGCUCAGCCCUUUCUUCUGAUUGGUCGAUAUUUGAUAGUUCCUAUUUUCUGCCAUAACAUUGAAUGGUUUGACAUAAAGAGUCAUGGGUGGUGUCAUACGACUUGGUUUUGAGUCCUUCACUUUUAUUGGUGAAAAUUGCACGCG